AUGACGAAGGACAUGUAUCAUUCCCAAAAAUAUCCAGCAGGAAAGGGAAGACGCCAAACCGCCAUUAAAAGUCACAUCCGGUCAUUAGGUCAAAGCCAGCUUGCCAAAAAAUAUCAUCCAGAUACCAAUAAAGAUCCUCAAGCUGCAAAGAAAUUUCAAGAAGUUUCAGAAGCUUAUGAAGUGUUAAGUGAUGAUGCAAGACGCAAACAAUAUGAUCAGUGGGGAACCUCAACAGAUUUUGGAGCAGGUGGACCAAAUGCUGGUUUCCAAGGUUUUCAAUCAACAAUUGAUCCUGAGGAACUUUUUAGAAAAAUAUUUGGUGAUUUUGGUUUAAACAUGGGUUUUCAAGAUUUUGCAGAGUCCCAAUUUGGUUUUGGGUCAUCUAAAGAGGUUAAUACAAUUUUCUUAUUUUUUAAAUAUUAAUUAAGUCUUCAUCUUGGAAAACAUCAAUUUAAUUGAUUUUAUUAAAUUACUUUGGAUAAAAGUUAUUUGCAAAUUACAGAGAUUUAAUUGAUUUGAGA